AUGUCACUCUUCGAAGAUAUUCAACCUGCCCCUCCAAUAGAAGUGUUUGCCGUUUCAGAAGCAUGUCAGAGGGAUCCAGAACCAGAUAAAGUGAAUUUAACUGUUGGAGCUUAUCGAACUAACGAAGGUUUGCCUUGGGUACUGCCCUGUGUCAGAUCAGUUGAGUUGUCAAUGGCUAAAGAUGAAAAAUUCAAUAAAGAGUAUCUUCCUGUGACAGGACUGGGUACAAUGUGCGUCAAUGCUUUGAAGAUUUUGCUCGGUGAGAAUAACCCGCUGAUUGCAGAGAAGAAGGCUGAUGGUUGCCAAAGCCUCGGGGGAACUGGUGCGUUAUAUUUGGGCAUGCAGUUCCUAUCUAGAGUAGCGAAAUACACCACACUUUAUGUGUCACGACCAACAUGGGUCUACAUGCUAUUGGCAGGCAACCACAAAAUGUUGGCUUCGCUUGCUGGACUACAUGUUCAGGAUUAUCGUUACUGGGACAGUGCAAAACUGGCGGUGGAUUUCGAUGGUAUGCUCGAGGAUAUUAAAAAUGCGCCGUCGAAUUCAAUUAUUCUACUUCAUGCUUGCGCGCACAAUCCAACCGGCAUGGACCUCUCUCGCGAACAAUGGAUGCAACUUGCUAUCAUAAUGAAGGAGAAAGCACUUCUCCCAAUGUUUGACAUCGCCUAUCAGGGAUUCGCAAGUGGAGAUUUGAAUAAUGACGCCUGGGCAGUGCGCUACUUUGCAUCCCUGGGCAUGGAAUUAUUUGCCGCGCAGUCUUUCUCCAAAAACUUUGGAUUGUACAACGAACGAGUCGGAAAUUUGGCUUUCAUUACUAAUGACGCAAAAUACACGGCCAACAUCAAAUCGCAGCUGACCAUUCUUGUCCGGAAAACGUGGUCAAACCCGCCGCAGCAUGGUGCUCGAAUUGUAGACACCAUACUGAAUGAUCCGCAAUUGUGUGCCCAGUGGAAAGCGGACGUGGCAACCAUGGCUAACAGGAUAAAGGAAAUGCGGCAAGCGCUUUAUACAAGGUUACUAGCGUUGAAGGUUCCGGGCUCCUGGGAACACAUAGUCAAUCAAAUUGGAAUGUUUGCAUAUACUGGCUUAUCAGCUGCCCAAGCAGAACACAUGCGCACAAAGCAUCACAUUUACUUGCUGAAUGACGGGCGGAUCAACAUUUGUGGCCUGACAACCAAAAACGUUGAAUACGUUGCGAAUGCAAUAUACGAAACAUUGAUGGCGAUUCCUAACUAGAGACUGAACUCCUUUUUAUCAUUUAGUAACUCACUUUUGCCCUUAUGAUCAUAGUAACGGUCUCUCUACCUUUUUUACUCUGCAUCCUUUGUGGAUGGUAUAGCUUUUUCUCUUCCUUUGCCGCUCAUACGUCUAUUGCUUUCCUUUUUUACAUCGUUUGGUGGUGUGAAAAGUGACUGUGCGCUCGGAAGUAAUCCUAGCCCGAUUACUCUACGGAACUCUUUCUUACCCGUCCCCACUGCCAUUACUCAGGUUAACAAAGAUGAGAUAUUUUUUAAACGGAAACGACUUGAUCUGCACCUUAUAUUGUUUGAAUAGCACGUGUUUCUGUGAAAUGUCUUGAUCAGUUCAUCAAUAUGAUCAUUCUGCG